UCCGAGCAAGCAACGGGCUUCCAGCCGCCAUGGCCAGGCUCCUCGUCACCUGCUGCCUGGUGGCCCUGCUCCUCGGCGCCUGGACCGACGUCGCCUUCUCCAAGAAGGCCAAAGGCAAACCCAGCGGAGGCGGCUGGGGCAUGGGGAGCCACCGCCAGCCCAGCUACCCCCGCCAGCCCGGCUACCCCCAGAAUCCCGGCUAUCCCCAUAAUCCGGGGUACCCCCACAACCCCGGCUACCCCCACAACCCUGGGUACCCCCACAACCCCGGGUACCCCCACAACCCGGGGUGGGGACAGGGUUACAACCCAUCUAGCGGAGGAAGCUACCACAACCAAAAGCCAUGGAAACCCCCCAAAUCCAAGACCAACUUCAAGCACGUGGCCGGGGCGGCGGCGGCGGGCGCCGUGGUGGGAGGUUUGGGGGGCUACGCCAUGGGACGUGUCAUGUCGGGGAUGCACUAUCGCUUCGACAGCCCCGAUGAGUACCGGUGGUGGAACGAAAAUUCGGCGCGUUACCCCAACCAGGUGUACUACCGGGAUUACAGCAGCCCUGUCUCGCAGGAUGUCUUCGUCGCUGACUGCUUUAACAUCACCGUGACCGAAUACAACAUUGGGCCCGCCGCCAAGAAGAACGUGUCGGAGGCUGGUCCAGCGGCGAACCAAACGGAGACAGAGCUGGAGACCAAGGUGGUGACGAAGGUGAUCCGGGAGAUGUGCAUCCAGCAGUACCGCGAGUACCGCCUGGCCUCCGGCAUCCGGCUGCACCUCGCUGACGCCUCCCUCGCCGCCCUCCUCCUCCUCACCCUCUUCGCCAUGCACUGAUGCACCCCGGAUCCCACGGCUUUGAGAUGUCACUCGU